UGACGGCUCUUGGGACUGGACAUUAUGUAAUUGUUUGGACGCUGAUAUCUAUUACCGUGCCACCGACCUCCUUUCUGCAGACUCGUUCUACUCUCCCCACAGACCAACACCACGUAUUCAUUCAGCACAAAGUUGAGAUCAAACAGUUAACAUCACCCAAACGCCUACACUCACCCCAAUAUCCUCUCUCUCGUAGCCAAUUCCACAAAAGAUGGAAGGGAAUAACAAAUCCCCCCAGAACUGCCUCACAUCACACACACUCCUCAUCCCUUCACCCACCCAUCCCAUUAACCCCUUCAUCCUCCCUCACUACGUUACCCCAAGUGGAUCCCAUCCCAUCCAAACGUUACAAACCCCUGGCUCCCCCAAUUCCCCAGCCCUCAAACACACACACAGAUUCACAGUCCUCCCAUCCACGCCCCUUAUGCUGUGCAACAUCGCGUGCGACGGGACAAAGAACGUGAGGAGAGAAAGACUGCGCUCGGAACACCUUGGCUUGGCUAGUUACCGCGCGUGCAUACAUCCAUACAUGCGUGUGCGUUUAUGCAUUUGUACGUGCGUAACGCUGAUUGAGCAUCCGGGUAAAGAAGGGUAG